UUCGCACCUUGCGAAAUGUAGGCUACAUGCACAAUUUGAACGGAAUAUUACAUAUUUAUCGACUUUCAUUUCUAUCAAAAUGUCUAAACUACAGUUGUUCAAUGCGUAUCUGACUGAACGUUUAACAGCAGCUGCUACAGAGAUAUCAGUGGCAGUAGAGAGAACGAUAACAGAUUACCAGGAAGAGAACGAACGUCUGCGUCGAUUACUUGAUUUGUUAACCAAGCCAAAGUUUAACAGAGCAGACCCCCAGCAACUCACUCUCCUUGUAUCUGAAGAGGAGGAACACUGUGAGCAGGAGUGGAGCCCAAGUCUGGGGCAGGAGGACCCAGAGCCCACACACAUUAAAGAGGAACACGAGGAGUUCAGGACCAGUCAGGAGGAAGAGCAGCUUCAAGGGCUGGAGUCUGACACCAAAGACUCACUUUUCACACAGGCAGGAGUGAAUGUUGACUGCAAUGAUCAGGGCCCACCUCAGCUCUCACAUCUUUACCAAACUCAAACUGUGGAGAACAAAGAGAAGCACUCUAUAGCCACCAACACAAUUGAAGAGAUCAAAACAGAACCUAAUGGACAGGACUAUGGAGUACCAGAACCAACUGGUGACUCUCAUCUCCUCUCUGCAGUAAAUCCUGGUUGUUCUGCAGCUCAGAGUGAAGCCAAUGACAAUGGAAUGGAAAGUGAAGAACAACUGCCAGGAUCUACACUGCUCGAAUCAACUAGAACAUGGCUAAAACAAGGACAAAGCUCCCAUACCAGUACUGAUGACAAGACAGCCAAACAGUUGCCCCAAUUUAAAUCCCCCAGUCAAAGAAAUUCUGUUCCUUUUUCUUGCAAGGUGUGUGGAGAGACUUUUGUUUUCAUGGGCCAUUUUGUCCAUCAUGUGCGAGAAACACACACAAAGAAUCAAGACUACCUGUGUGGUGUGUGUGGUGAAGAAUUUGAGUCCACAGAAUGUAUGAUCGAUCACCUGCAAACACACACUACAGAAAUAUAUUACUGUGAUGUUUGUAGCAAACGCUUCUCCUUUGAGUCUCAUCUGAAACAACACAUGUUGGUUCACACUGGGGAGAGGCAAUACCAAUGCAAAGAAUGUGGCAAAUGCUUCAUUCAUAGUGGACAGCUGAAUACACAUAUGAAGAUUCACACACGGGAGAAAAUGUAUCAGUGUAAAGAAUGUGAAAAAUGUUUCCCCAGUAAGCAUAACCUGGACAGACAUAUGGUGAUUCACAUAUAUUCUAAUCUGAAAAUGCAUAAGACUCGCACAGGAGAGAAACGAUAUCAAUGCAAAGAAUGUGGGAAAUGCUUCCUUCAUAAGGGACACCUGAAUACCCAUUUAAGAAUUCACACUGGAGAGAAACCAUACCAAUGCAACGAAUGUGAGAAAUGUUUUGGCCGGAAGGAAAACCUAACCGCACAUAUGAGGGUUCACACAGGGGAGAAACCAUACAAGUGCCCAGUGUGUGGGAAAUGCUAUAGCACUGCACAAGUUUUAAAAUUGCAUCAACUUCAAAGUCACUAUCUAGGUUUCCAUCCAAUUGGUGAUGGAUUUUCAUGCGAAUAGUCCAUAUAGAAAGAAUAUGGCCAUUUUAUCACCAGAGGUGUGUUUCCAACAAACUGAAUUUUUAGCAGAUAAAAUGCUGUGCGUGAUGUAGUUAACUUAAGCGCAAAAGUACUUUUAUGUUUUCAUAUACCAAAUAAAUGUUUCCAUUGCA